AUAACCAGGAAGGGCUGAUAGAGUCCAUACGAUGCUUCAGUCAUGUUUUGGUAAAGAGAAAAAUAACAACAGGUUUGACUGCAUCCACUUCCAGUCGCAGCCAUGGUGUGUUGCCAUUCCUGCCCCAGGCUGUGCUCCCGCUCGUCGGCCUACACUCUGGCUCUGGGCUUGGGCUUUGUAACUUUGGGGACCAGUCGUAUCCUGCUGCUCAAAUUCUCUGCCAAUGCUGAGAACAAGUAUGACUUCCUGCCUGCAUCUGUCAAUCUACUUGCCGAGCUUCUCAAACUGCUCUUCUGUCUGGUUAUGUCAUUCAGGGUCAUAGUCCGAGAGGGACGAUCAUGCAGAGAUCUGGGGUGCUCCUCCACCUCUUCCCUGCUCACUUCCCUGAAGUGGGCUGUCCCUGCUUUCCUCUACUUUGUCGACAACCUCAUCAUCUUCUAUGUCAUGACCUACUUGCAGCCUGCCAUGGCAGUGCUGUUCUCCAACUUUGUCAUCCUGACCACAGCUGUACUCUUCAGAAUUGUUCUGAAGAGGCGCUUGUCUUGGGUUCAGUGGGCAGCGUUAGUUAUCCUCUUCCUGUCCAUCGUUUCCUUGACGACAGGAUCAGGGGGCAGCCAACACUCCAUAGCUGUGCCAGGUCUCCACUCUAACCCCCUCUCCACCCCCUCCAACUCCUGCCUGUUGUACACACAGCUCCUGGAUCAGAUGAGGAACAGCAGCGCCAGUGAAUCGUGGGUGUCGUCUCUACCCGGGCAGGCAUGGAGGAACACUGUAGUACAAAAGCUUCGAUCUCUGGGUGUGGGUCACAUCCUGCUCUUCCUUCAGUGCUUCAUAUCGGCCAUGGCUAACAUCUACAAUGAGAAGAUCCUCAAAGAAGGAGACCAACUCACUGAGAGUAUCUUCAUUCAGAACAGUAAACUGUAUGCCUUUGGCGUGAUAUUUAAUAGUAUGACGCUUGGGCUUGGAAGCGAGGCACGAGGCCUCACCGUCCACUGUGGCCUCCUCCACGGACAUAACGUCUACUCCCUGGGUCUGGUGCUGGUCACUGCUGCUCUCGGAUUAGCUGUGGCCUUCAUCUUAAAAUUCAGAGACAACAUGUUUCACGUGCUGACGGGCCAGAUCACCACUGUUCUGGUUACCACCCUCUCCCUCUUCCUCUUCGACUUCCACCCCUCCCUGGACUUCUUCCUCCAGGCUCCAAUCGUCCUGCUCGCCAUCUUUAUCUACAACGCCAGCCGGCCAAAGGACCUGGAAUACAGCCUUCAGCAGGAAAAACUGCGAGUCAUCAACGGAGAGGUGUUCGAGAGGUCCAGAGGGGAUGGCGAAGAGCUGGAGCUCCUUACAAAGCCAAACACAGACAGUGAAUCGGAUGAAGAGUCUUUGUAGUGCAGACUUACGCUUCUACUACAAAACAUAAGAUUUUCUGCUUCACUGCUGCUUACUAUUAAGCUUCUCAAUAGACUUGUACUCCUGGAUGCAGGAUUGUCAGCACACUCGUUCUGUCAAAGCAUUUAUUUGAACGAUCAUCAGCAAGAAAAUGAACUCUGUCAGGCAUGUUUGCACUUUCCUCAUGACUGAAAAAAAAACAACCAAGGCUUUUGUGUAUAUUUUGAAAUGUGCCUGUUUGUAUAAAAAGUUCUGUCAUGUGCUGGGAAAUUAUUGUAUCACGGUAUUUGCCGUUCGGGAUCAUUAAGGGCUUCGGUUUAUUUCCUCUUAUGAUUAAUGUUACACGUGCAGCUGUUUGACUGUUGGAAGGUGGUUGGAUAAGUUUAAUGACCAGCAGCCACAUUUCAGCCAAUGUAAUGACUGUAUCACGCAAUACACUCUUUUAAUCGUUGUUGGUAUUAUGUAAAAGAACUGGUGAUUCAACUCUUUGGUCAUCUUUGACUACUUUUAAACAAUUACAAUUCAGCAACACAAUACAGCACAAAUCCAUUAAGCUUCAAAAAUGACCAUGGAACUACAUCACCAGAAAUGUACACAAACAAGUGUUGACUCCAUUUUUUUUCUUCCAUUUUCUUUUUUUCUUACACCUGAACCAGAACUAUAAGUAUAAACAUAGACAAGGCCACUUUAGUGUGACUGUCUGAAAGCACAACAAACUGGCUCUCGGUUUCCUUACUUGGCCUUGAAUAUAUGCUUUUUGUCAUAUGUCAUUACAACUGUGAAAUAAGAUGGAAUAUACAGUAUUUGUGUUUUUUUUGUGCCAUAAAAUGUUAACAUGUAUGAAUGCUAAAAGUUGCUCUGAAAUAAACUGCAAUUAAACUGG